AUGGGUGUACUUCCAAAAAUUAAUUUUGCUGUUCGCCAACUCAGGAAAUGUUCAAUGACAGCAACAUCAUCAGUAUCAUCUUCCGACCCAAGCUUAGCUUCCUCGGCAUUUGUUCAGGAUCAUGUUAGGCAAAUGCAGAACGACAUAAUGGAACAGUUAAUACCACAAGAUGCAUCAGGUGCAGUUGAGAAUCUCGCUGAUUUAAAUGUGACCUCUAAUUUAGGACGGAUGACACACUAUUAUUUCCAACAGGGUGGAAAAAUGUUGCGACCUACAGUAUCCUUACUAAUGGGAAACGCUUGUAAUUCCGCUAUGAAUCGAUCCAUUCCAGAAGAGCAAAUUGCAAUACCGAUUUCCGAACGAUCUGCCAUUUCUUCUCAUUUGAUCGUGUGCCAGAACCAAUACAAAAUUGGUAUGAUUGCGGAAAUGAUCCACACAGCAUCUUUGGUUCAUGAUGACGUCAUUGAUGAAGCGAAUACAAGACGAGGAUCUGCAAGUGUCAAUGCUGUUUGGGGAAACAAAAUGUCUGUACUUGUUGGUGAUUUCAUUUUGGCACGAGCUACUCAGAUUCUCUGUUCAAUCGGAAAGCCUAACGUCAUUGCAGUUAUGGCGUCAAUCAUUGAAGACCUAGUUUUGGGAGAAUUCAUGCAGAUGUCUGUAACGCCUUCAGAAGCAACUCCAUCACAGAGAAUGGUCGCAUAUAUUGAAAAGACUCAUCGAAAAACUGCCAGUUUAUUUGCCAGCAGUUGUCGGUCAACUGCCAUUCUUGCAGAUUCAUCAAAUUCGAAUCUCCAUCAAACUGCAUAUGAAUACGGUAGAAAUCUAGGUAUAGCUUUUCAAUUAGCCGAUGAUCUUCUCGAUUUCAUUGCUACGUCUGAUGAAAUGGGCAAACCAGUUGCUGCUGAUUUGAAAUUAGGUCUUGCAACCGCACCAGUUCUAUACGCAUGUGAGCAGUACCCCGAGCUCACUACAAUGCUUCUCAGAAAAUUCAAGCACGAAGGCGAUGCUGAAAGAGCACGCGACAUCGUCAUGAAUUCAGAUGGAAUGGACAAAACGCGACAGUUGAUUGACGCGUAUUCGCAAAAAGCCGUGGAAAUGGCAUCAUCCCUUCCCAAUCGUAACGAGUCUACCGAGCAAUUGAUAAAGCUAGCAUUGUCUCAAACGGAUAGGAAAUUCUAA